UUGGGUCUUGGACAAAUGUUCAUCGAAUUCAAUACCUCCAAUCAAAUCACUUUUAUUGAAGCUUCUCAUCUUCCUUUUCCUCUCUCUCUCUCUCUCUUUCUUUCCCUCUCUCUCUCAAUAAACCUAUCAUUUUUCCUCUUCCACCUCCCUCCAUAGCCUUGGUGCAGCUGGUUGAUGGAUAUUGAACCCUUGUGGUCUCUUGGGGGGUGGAUUUUUCUUUCAAAUUGCAUGGCUGAACCUAAUACCUCAAAACAACUCAAUUUUUUUCACUUCCUCACACUCCUCCUCAUCCUUCUCCUCCUCAUCAAUUUAUCUCAUCAACCAACAUCAACCCUAAACCCUUCUUCAACAACUUCUACCAAAUCAACCAUGCCGUCGUCGUCAUCGACUUCGACAAACUUGCACCCUCACAAAUCUCAAAAACAUGGAGCUGGAAAAGAAUUUGGAGUUGAUGCUCAUGAAGUCCCAAGUGGUCCAAACCCUAUAUCGAACCGGUAAGCAUAACAAGUUAUGAGGCAUAUAGUUAAUAUUGAAGAUGAAAAGGAGAUGUAACGGCUUAGAUAUUCAUAUAUAUGUACUUCAAUUUUUCAUCUUCAUCAAUUAAUAUUUCUAUUGUUCUUGGUGAGAGGUUUGUUACUCUUGAUAAUUAUUGUCAUUAUUAUCGUAUUUAUUUUCUUCCUUUUUUUUUUCUUUUUUCUUUUUGGGCUGGAAAUGUAUAGCGAGAGAAACUAUUUUUCUAUAUGUUUGUAUGUAAGGAUCUCUAUUUCUUUCUUAUAAUUAUAUAGGUGGUGGUGAAAAUGGUAUUUUUGUGUUAA